GCUUGAUCUUGUUCGUCAUCCUCGUCCUCGUCGUCAUCCCCGUCCUCUGGCAGCCGUGGCUUGGGCGGGCACUUGGGUUUGGUGUCAUCAGACGAGAGGCAUUGUGCUUGGCCUUUGAAAAGCCGUGCCCGUUCAUUUGUUGCACGCUCCUCCCGCAAGUUGGCAUGCGCGCUCUGGAGCAUCUGCUCAUGAAUUCGUUCCCGCAUCUCAGCCCGUUUGAGCUGCUAUCUCCCAAACUUGGACCAGCCAACGACCAAUCGGGUGCCAGUAGCGAUCUAGGCAUGGACUCAAUGACCGGCUCGGAGAUGGGAUUAGUGCGGGAAGUGAUCUUGGGCGUGCUCAGCAGUAGUGAACCAGACGAUGAGGCUCCCAAGUGCGCAUACAAGGACCGCAUCUUCUUUGAUGGAGUCCACAGGGCUGGAGCCCAAACCGUCAUGAAGUCUGCCUUUGCCACAUCGCACUUGUUCCUUGCUUCAAAUCCACAAUCCCGCGUUUCCAGCACUCCUUCAUCUUGAGAAACAUACGACAUCAAGGCCUUGGAGUCGAUGGGUGCAGUGGGGUGGAUACCCAAGGAGGACAAUCUUGUGUUCACGGGCAAAGUUGAGGGCUCAAAAACCUUCGAAAGCCAUUCAUAUCCAAGGUCGUGGUCAGUCCAGCCACUGAGAGAACGAGAGAUACUGUUCCGAAGUGUUACCCUUGUUCCAUGAAGACUGGAAAUUGGCACCUGGGAAGAUCACCAUCGGCGGCACGACCAUCUUUCCAUCCCCACGAAUUGUCACCAGUGUGGUGAUGUUCUGCCGACUUGCACCACCCUGCUUGUGCUGAGUUUUUGUCCCCCUCGUGCCCACCACUCUUUCCUUGCCUGUGUAUCCUGUCGGGAAGCCGCUCUCAUCCAUCCCAUAGAUGCAAUCUGGCUCCACUCUCAUGUCGACAAUGUGCUUCUUCACCAAAUCCACCCAUGACUUCACCGCCGUCGGAUUCAGGCUCUUGGCGCGUUGGAAUCAAGAGAUUUGCUCCAAUGUGUCUGCAGGUUGUCGUGGUGGCGGUCCAGGAAUGCAAAGACCCACUGCUUUCCCACCAAGUCACAGUCUGUUCCGUGUAUAGCCUGUCGGACACCGUUUACAUAUUCUUCAAUCUGCCGAUGAGAUAGUGGAAGACCCAUGUCUGCUGAUUCGCAUAUGAAUUGCACAAGGGACCACUCUUGAGCCGCCGUUAGUCUCUGUUUCUUCUCGCUUGCUUCACUGCGACUCUUUCCUCCUUUUGUACGACGGUGUAGGGUACCAUAGGAUACCCCAUGUUCUCGGGCGAUAGUUUCAAUAGAUUUGGGUCUCCCAAGGCGGCUUGGUUUCUCCUGUUCCUGCUGCCAUUUGGCCAG